AUGGGAUGUGGAGAGAUCCCCAAAGCGACUCUCCUAGUUCUGAGCAGUGACUCCCUGGGGGGCUUUCCACUCGGCACAGCUAGCUCAGGGUUGAAGCUGAGAGCCAUUUUCUCUCAGCCAGUGGCGUUUGUGGAUUUGGACAAGAUCACAGCUGCCAAUGGCGCCUUGGACUCUUUCACUCUCAAAACGUUCGACAACACCACGAGCAGCCUGACCCUCCUCCUUGGCGGUGCUCCCGUCACCCAGCUCAACAGCACCCAGGGGGAUCCCUCCGCUGACCGCUCCGCCUGGCGUGGCCUUCUCGGCCCCGUCGCGCUCGACUUCUACGUGCGUCCGGCGCACUCCUUGACCACUGUCAACAUUACAUUACAGGCGGGGGCGUUUGCUGAUGCCAGCGGGAUUGUAAACGUGGAGCCGGCGUCGGUCGCUUUAUUCUACGACCCCACCAACCCGGUCUCCCUCCCUGACUUCCCCUUCGUGAGCUCCAUCGACCAGACCAGCGUGACCCUAACCUUCAGCUUUACCAAAACCUGCACGGUUAACUACACCCUGGUUAACCAACCCAUCGGUUAUGGCCCGGGGAACUGGACCACCCUCCCGAACCCCCAGCAAAAACUUGACCCGCUGAAAACUGGGGCGAGCGUCAACGGCUCCGUUGUUGUGCUCGCUGGAAAAGUUGCCAGGGUAACCGUGGGUGGGUUAGCGCCUAACCAAGGCUAUUUGCUGCUGGUCAGUGCAAUAGAUCAGUACGGGAACCAGGCCCAGGCUGUCUCCGGGGCGGCUUUGCGAACCCGGGACGUUGCGAAGGGCGCAGUCGGCGACCCGUCGCUGACCCCAGGACCGGUCGCCGCUGAGACCGCUGAAGUCUUCAUUGCCACGGCUUCAAGCGGCGACACAUCCACCCUGCGUUACGCGACAACACCAUUCAACCCGAACUCUUUGGUCCCCACACAGACCGCUAUUCCCUCUUGCGACCCAAAGGAUACAAACUCGCAAAUAGCCUCGAACAACGGGACGCUUCAGUUUAGCUCUUCCGUUAUCGUCUCGGCCAUUGCAUGCGGCAACGGCACUUCGAGCAACAUUGUGGACCAACCCGUGGCUACACAAGCGGCUGCGCCGAUUCUGACGCUGCCGGCGGGCCCUUUCUUCGACGCCGUAUCGGUCGGUUUGCUGUACAAUGGAUCGAUGCCCAACACUACCAUCAAGUAUACUUUUACGCCUGCUGGAAGCCCCGUUAUGACGCCGGCUUGCCCCUACACUGGCUGGGCAGGUUACGGCCGGAAAACAGCACCCCAAGCGGAUAUCACGCUCACUGCAUCCGGGACACUACAGGCUGUCGCGUGUAGCAACGCGGGCCUCGUCAGUGACGUGGUGUCAAGUGGGCCAAUCUUCAUCCGAGUUUACCAGACUGAAGCCUCCCUCCUGGAGCCAUCCGCUGUUUUGCCAAUCCCUUUCACCCUCGUAGAAUCCAUUUUUGGUUACGAUCUUAACCUCCCUCAACCCAAUCCCUCAACUCAUUCUUCCCCAGCUUCCGCGCCUCGGGUUAUCCAAACCGACGCCUCCCUCCUAGCUCCCUACACCGUGUCCCUGAACACGUCCACUCCCGGUGCUACCAUCCGGUACAUUCACAGUCCACUGACUGGGCCCGUGCUGACGUCACCCCUCACGUGCAAUACGCCCGAGGCGCUGGUUGCCGACGUCAUAACGGGUGACGUCGUCUUGUGGGAGUCCGGAGUGCUCACGGCGAUCACGUGCAAGGACGGGAUCUUUGACAGUGACGUCACCGUGAAACGGCUCACUCUGCAAGCUUCCCCGCCAAAGUUCACCCCCACCAAGGGCCUCGGCCCCUUCAACCUCACCAUCACUACGCGCACUUCCGGCGCGCUCCUCCUCUACACCUCCGACCCGAAAAUCCCGCUAAGGUGCCCCUCGCUCGCCACACUUUCCGGGGGGUCCUCGGGACCGUCCACGUCAGCGCCCCCCAGCAAUUUCACGCUCGCUCCGACGGUUUUCUCUGGAACAACUCCGGUGGUUGUCCCGGUGACUGGGACGGCGCUUUGGAGGGCGACCGCGUGCCCGGCUGGAGGCGUCAGCCUGUCGCCCAGCGCGGAGGUCAAUGCCACCGUCGUUGUGGCCCAAAUCGACCCGUCCCUUCUGCCGGCUGGCCAGGCCCAGGUGACCGCCGAAGUGACGAUCCUCGACGCGAAUCUGUCCAUCUUCAAUGACACGAAGGCGCAGCUGCGCUUCGAGACGGCGAUCGCUUCCGCCAUCUCCCUUUACAAGAAUCUGAAUGUGUCCCCCAACAACGUCAUCGUGACGAGCAUCGUCCUGGCCGGGCCGCCGGCCGGGCCGCCGGCCGGGUCCGCGGGGCGGAGCACCCUAGAAACGGGGCCCCGGUUUAAGCAAACGGGGACCCAACGCCGACUGCUGGCUUCUAACCAAACGUCAGCAAAUGCCACGUCAGCAAAAGUCGCAUCCGUUGGACCGACGUCAUCCACCGCCCCCUCGAACCAGUCUCUGCCUUCGAUCACGGUUUCUUCCGCGCCGCAAAGCUCAAACGCUUCCCUCGAGAACAGUGACCCUGGCACCAAUACGACGUCUCUAGUUGUCCAGUUUACAGUGGUCACCACUCCGGUUCUGGCCCCCGCCGUCCGUUCCGCUCUGACGGCGUCCGUCCAGAACGGAACGCUCGCGAGCGCACUGACCGGAGCGGGUUUCAAAGUGGGGGGCUCCUCCGGGCCCGUGAGCGGACCCCCUGUAGCGGUGAGCAGCUCCAGUCUCGUGCCGACCGGUGCUUCUGCCCCGGGUGCCGCGCAGAAUGUAACGAACGGUACCGUGGUGCCGGUGAGCGUUACCGCGGCCAACGGGGUGGCGCUGACGGCGACCGGGCUCCAAUUCGCCGCAGCGGACGCGCAAAAUUGCGUCUUCACGGCGCAGUCUGGGGGAUGCACGCUGAGCCCGUCAGCCAACAAGCAGUGCGCGCGCCUCGUGAACUACACGCUGAUCACCGCGGCCGGCCCCGCGGGGACCGCGUGCCCCGUCGGGCUGUCGCCCCUCUUGACACGUGUCCAGGCGUUUGAGGGCUGCCCAGUUGAGCAAUGUGGGGGCUCAGGCGGCAGCGGCGGCUCGUCCCUGCCGGUGGGCGUGUGGGUGGUCAUUGCCGUCCUCAUUGCGGUCCUCUUCGUUACUCUCAUUGGGGGUCUUAUUUUGUACCGCGCGAGGAGCCGCAGAGCGCGCGAGCCGCGCACCGCAAAGGACCCCGAGACCACUUGGCAAGCGCCCGUGAGGAGCGCCCCGACUGCUAGCCACUUUCAGAGCGGAGGCGACGUGGGCAUGCGGGGCGCGCCCAUGUGGGACAGCGCGACCGUCGCGCGCGCGGGGCACAGCGACGUCGCGGACGCGCGCGAGCGCCAAGCGGGCGCGGAGGAGGGCAGCAUCGUCGACUUUGAGACCUAUUGCGAGGCCUGGGACCGUCGAUUCGUCAACUCCGCGGGCGGCCGCCAAGCGGGGCCGAUUCACACCACCAGCGACGCAGGAGACGAAACGUCAACGGAGCCCAUUCACACGGGAGCCGAGUUCGAGGACAAGCCAGUGGACGACGGGCACGUGGCAAUAGAGGAGCGCCUUCUCACCAAGGCGCGGGAGCGCGUUCACACCGAAGCAGAGGAGCCGUGCAAGAAGAAGCAGCGGCAGAGGACCCUGUCGAUCUCGUAUGACGACACAUCGCCUAUCGUUGACCCGCUCAACGUGGAAAGCAGCGCCUCGGGCCCGAUCUUCGACGCUCCAUCGCUUAUAGCGCCGACACAAUCGCCUAUGCACGCCGACUUUUUGGACCAGUCCAAAUCGGGCUCCUUAGUGUUGGGCUCCGCACUCUCGUCCCCAGCUGAGACGUCGGCCGUAAACACAGCCUUGGUCAGCUCUGAACCCGAGGGUUUUGAGGGCGCCAACGCGGCCGCGAAGCGCGUUCGUGCCGGGGGUAAGGGUUUUAGCGAGGACAGUAUGGAGGAGGUUGUCCUCGAGAUGAUGCGCAUCGACCAGGAGUCGGUCGCGCGGCCGGGCUUCGCGUCGCCAGCGGGCGCGGCGAAGCCCCAGGGUUUGGGCGGGGUUUGGGAGGAGGGCAAGGUCACCGAGAAGGUGACGUCAGUCGAGGGCGGCGCCGUGACGUUGACCGCAUUCGAAAACUGGCCGCUCACCGCGCCCCAGCAGGAGACGGUCAACGAGAUGACGUCCCAGAUCCGCGUCGGGCUGACGCCACGCGACGUCAGCCCGAGCAUGAUGCGGCGGGGCGGCGUUCCGCUGCCAGCGCGGAACCCGAGCCCCGGUAACGGGAGCCGGAACCCCGGGCUGCCGCCGAGAGGGUUACCGGUAACUGGGGCGAAAACCCCGGGUUUGCCCCGCAGCACCAGCCCGGGGUUACCGAGGAGCCAGAGCCCGGCGGAGGGUGCCGGGAAAAUGAUCCACCGCAGCUCGACGCCGCCGUAUUCCGCUGCGCCGAAUCCGGAAUCCUCCGGACUGCCCAGGAGAGCUAAGACUCCCGACCUCCUCCAACGACCGCGCGAGGCCCUCACGCGCUACUCGCAGGGCUUCCUCACGCAUCGAUCCUCGCCCUCUACACCCAUCAAAGGUCGCCCGGAAUCCGGCGAAUUGGUUGGAACGGAAGCGGCGCCGGAGUCGGCGGAAAAGCGCCGGAGCAAGUCGUGCGAGCGGCCGCGCGAGCGGAGCGACAGCGACGAGCGGAUCGACCGCGAACUCAAGAACCUGAUCGUGCAGAUGAAAGAAGGAAUGGAGUGCCCAGAGCCUUUGGUGGUCAAUUUUGACGACAAGGAUGGUGUUUCGGCGGAAGGCGUUCCGGCGGACGGAACGGGGGCAAUCAGCGAUGCGGUCGAUGCAUCUAAGGAGGGCGGAAAUGGAAGCAGAAAUGGAAGCGGAACCGGAAGCGUCAAGCGGAGCGAGAGCCUAAGCAAGCUGGGCAAGCGAAUCGGCUCUUGGAUGAAGGGCGAGCCGAGGGGGAUCCCCUCGGUGCCCGUGUCCGAGAUCCACGUCGUCAACCGGACGUCCGAGAAAUUAGAGGCGGGCAGCGUUACGGACGCGGACGACGACCGCAGCUCCAUGAUGGGCGACAGCGAGCGCUCCGUCGGCUCGACCGCGGUCGCCCACGACCCGCAGGGUUUCAGGGUUUGGGCGUGGCUGCGGACCGCCGCGCACCCGGACGCGCGCAGCGUUGUGUCCGAGCCGGACGCCGCGGAGAUGCGCGCGAGCGAGCCGGAGGUGUGCGCAAGCGACCCGGAGAUGGGCGAGGUGCACGCGCGCGUGGAAGGGGACUCGAGCGGGGAGGCCUCGUUUUGGAAGAAGCGGAUCUUCGGGCGCAGCCUUUCCACCAUGACGUUUAACAGCCCGCCCAAGGACGGGGCCCAAGAGGAGCAGAGGCAGCAGCUUCGUCCGAGCUGGGCAGCCGUAAGCUACUAA